AUGACCCGCGGUGCGACCGUCGAAUCCCUGCGAGCCCGCCACGAUGCCAUCACGCAGCAGUACCACGAGCAUCUCCCACUUGUGCACCAGGUCCAGAACGACUGUCUUGACGAACUGGUUGCGUCGUUGAGCGCCGAGUUCGACCUCUCGGACGAGGCGAUCAAGGCAGCCAAGGCCUUUCUAAAUGACCCCUGUCAGUCACACCUGCUGCACCUUGAAGCAUGCCCGCUUCAUCGGGUCCCAUUCCUCAGAUGUAAGACUGACACUCGCUCGACCUCCUAUCGCUUGUGCAGAUACGGUCUUUCGCUUCUGUCGACGAGCGCGCUUCUCGGCCCCGGCAGCUUACAAGCUCUUGCAGGCAACGCUCUCGUACCGCUUGUCGUCGUCCUUCACCUCGCUCAGCCUCCACUCGAUCGACCCCAUCUACCUCGAAACUCCACUCUUCUUCUUCCACCCUUCGUUGAGGGACCGCUUCGGUCGCCCGUGUGGGGUGCUCAAUCUCCGACGCGUAACGAGGACCGAGGAUGGCCAGCUGGACGAGCUCAAGAACUUUGUCAAGUUCGGGUGGGAGGUCGCACGGAAGUGGUUGACCGCACUCAGUAAAGAGGCGGAUAGGCAGGAAGAAGAAGGAAAGGACCAGGUCAUGUUGCAGAUCGUGAUGAUCGUCGAUCUCGAAGGCGCGGGGAUGGCCAACCUGGUGAGGAACAAGUCUGCUUCUCUCCCGAGGCGGCUUCUAUUUCAAGACUCAUGUCGCGCGUCUGCGGUCGUUCCGCAGGAGGUUGAGCUGUUGCCAUUCUUCAUGGACAUGCUCAAGCAGCAUUUUCCUAGCAUGGUCGGUGCUAGUGAGUGACGCGAACGACCAUCCGAACUAGGCGGCACGAUGAGCAAUCUGACCUCAGUCCCUUUUGCAGUAUUUGUCCUCAACUACGGCUGGAUGUACGCCGGAAUGUGGCAGCUCGCAAAGCGCGUAUUGCCCAACACUGCGCUCGAGAGAAUACUGUUCCCGACCAAGACGGAUCUCCUCGAAUUUUUUGACGAAGACCAUCUACUAAUUGGUCAGUUCUGAGUUUUAUAAAAGUUUCACUGAUUAGCAUACAAACUGACGACGACUAACACGAUUCUCGCUCAGAACACGGAGGCAAGGUCGACUAUGAAUACACGCCGGCGAAUCCCAUCUUCACCACUUAUUCCCCGACACCUCUUCCCCCGGCACUUCGCUCGGCUCCGAAUUCGCCGCGCACGAGCGCCUACCCUUCACCAUCGCCUUCCCCCUCACCUUCUUCGUCGACCUUGCAUUCUGACGUCUUCCAAUCCGCCACGAACUCGAGAGCAGCGACACCGGGGCAUUCGCGUCGCUCCUCCACGAAUGAGAACCUCUCGAUCCGAGCACCGAGAAAUAUGCUCAUGACGCCGGCAUCCCCGCUGCAGAAAGCCUCGCUCGAACUUUUCUCCCACACGCAAGCGAGCUCACCGUCCUCGGCGACAAGUCCACUACCAGGCGUCCAGUUGUUACCGGCCUCACCUAUCACUUCGGCCACGCCUCUGACUUCGGAGCAGACCGUGACGCCGACCAAGAGCAGACUGAGAGGGUUCGCGCUGCCCAUUCCGACCCUUUGGCGACGGAGUCCUCGAGCCUCCCCUACAGCGGCCGCCCACGAUCCCCUCGCGGUCGACACUUCGCCUGGAGAAGCGGUUGGACACACUCGACACGAAGCAACUGGUCUGGACUCGGGGGCUUUGACCCCUACGACCGUCGCUUCCGGUGCCGCCGGGGCUCUACGAAGGGUGACGAGCUUUGCCGAUCUUCAAGAACGACUGGCGGCUACUCAGGCGGCGAUCCAGUCUGACGAUUCCGGGUCAGAAGCGGACGACAUUCCCGAAGAGACGAGUUUCAGGGAGGAGGGUACCGAAGGUCCGGAAACUGUCCUCUCUAGCGGUGGCACAAGUCUGGUCGAUGAAGAGGGAGAUGGAGCAGGGCGCGAAGGGGAGGAAGGGGCCAGCCGAAUCGGAUCGACGGUGACCUCGGCGCGAUCCUCACGCUUCUCCUCGCGCGCCACUUCGAGGGACGUGUCCCCUUCUCGACGACACAUGCACCUCCACACAUCGCGUCUGUCUUCAGCUCGGUUGGGAGGGUCACAGACCGAUCUCUCCCCUUACAAUUUGUCGAACCCUUACUACGGCUAUCCCGCCGUCGUCCCCUCCCGUUCCGUCGAUCCGACCAAAGUCCCUCGACCUCACCAUGAGCGUCGAAGGAAGCGAGACUUGGUUCGCACGUUGACCUACCUAGCUGCGUUGCGAUUCCUGAGUUUGCAUCGCAACCUCAAGGCGAGAAUAGAGUUCGUCGUUCGAGUCUUGUUGAGGCUGGUGACUUUGAGGAACCCGAGGGUCGCGCAAACGCGGAUGGCGAUGAAGGAAAGAACUUUAGAAUCCUCGACCAGCUCGAAGGCAGCGACGGCGGCGACGAUCACCCGCGAAGGGCAUGUGCAUUUCGCCGAUUCUUCUCUGGACACAUCGAAGGCAUCGACGCUGAGGGGGAACCCGAAUCGAUCUUCUAGCUCGACACCAACACGGAUAAGCUCGGUGGGCAAAUCGCCGUCCGUCCGAUUCGCCGUGCCCCAUCAUCCAGCGUUCGACAGCCUCUCCCAUCUCGACCGCUACAUCUACGCCUUCCUGCUCUUCAUUGUCCUUCGCACGCCUUCGAGGCGCGAGAAGUUGAGACUUGGGAUCACAAGGGUCAUGUACAAUACGCCUCUGAUCGUGGCCAAGACGGUGACGUUCAGUGGACAAGGGAAGAAGAGGGAAUGGGUUCGAGGCGUCGUGGGCGGGGUCGGAGAAAGGAUGGUCGAUUGGGCUCGGAAGGAGGUGUAG